UGUAAGCAUCAGCAGCGGUGUAUGAGGUGACCUAUGACCUGGUGCCGCGGGUGGUGCCACGUGUCGACCCACUCACAUCAACCAUCCGCCACCCGGAUCAUCUGCCGCUGCCUGCGUUGGCACCCUCCCACUCCCCAUCUCCCUCUCCCCACCCCCACAGAACCAGUACGUGGGCGGCCGGCCCCCUGCAGCUGAUGAACUGCCAGGCAGCCCGGCAGUUCUUCACACACGCAGCCGCCUUAGGAGACCAUGCCGACCACCACCAGCAGCAGCAGCACGGCUCAGCAGCGGCGGUGCAUCUGGAAGACCUGCAGCCCAUGCUCACAAGGCAGCUGGAGGAGGAUGCUGAGAGCGAGGGAGGGAUUGAGAGCGACGAGGAAGCCGCCAUCCAAGAUGCCUUCCUCCGACACAUCGACCAGGCCCAGCCACCACCUCCACACAACGACGGCGUCAAUGACCAAGCUGAGACAGCCCUCCUGAGCGGGCUGCAGGAGGGUGUCUUCGACAGCAGCAACCCAUUUGAUGGCGUGGAGGUGGCGGCCAAGCAGCGUGUGCAGCGUCAGCUGCUCGAUAGGCAGCUGGGAGAACACAAUAGGGCCCGGGAGGAGGGUGCCGGUGGUGGUGGUGCUGAAGGUGGUGGCGGUCUGUUCGGCGUGAGUGAGAGCGAUGUGGAGGACGCGAGGCGUCACCUGCUGGACCAACAGGCGGUCAGUGAGUGGGCAAGGAGAAUGGACAGAUAGACAGACAGACAGACAGGGGUGCGGGAGAGGGAAUCAAUCGUCAUGUUGCCUCUUUCUUUAUGUGAGUGUGUCAGUGUGAGAUGGGUCGCCUGGACGCGGCCAAUCGUCUGCUCGAGUGGCGACUUAAGAGACUUCGACUCGCGAACAAACGGUACACACAUGGCAUGGCACCAAGAUGCGCACACACACAUGGAUCGGAUCCCAACUGUCUCCCUCCCCUCUGUGGUGUCUCUGCAGGCACCAAUACCUACGCUCACAGGGCCUCGUCAAACACUCCGCAUCGCUCCCGGCCCUCGCCCAUCCAUCCACCACGCAGCAAGCGCAAACCACACAAGAGGAACCGGCGCCAGCUGUGGCUGGCGAGCCCACUGGUGUGAUGUCGCGUGGUGUGCAUCGAUCUGACGGCGUGUCGGCCUGCAUCGAAGCGACAAGGAACAUGAGCAUCGGCAUACAUGGUGCUGCGGAGAGUGGGCGUGUGGAUGGGGUGUCUGUCUUUCGUGUGUGGGAGGAGGAGUCUGACGAACCGGCAGAGACCAACCAGCAGCAGCAGCAGCAGCAAUGUGGCGGAGAGAAGGCCGACGACGUGGCCGUGGAGGACCACCAGCUUGCUCGUGGUGACAUUGCUGGCUCUCCCUUGCCGUCCCCCGCCCACGCCCCUAUUCCUGGUGCUGCCCAGCAGCGGCCGACAUCCCCACGAGCCAUUCAGACGAACCGGCAGAGAGCAACCAGCAGCAACAGCAGCAGCAGCAAUGUGGCGGAGAGCAAGCUGACGAUGUGGCCGUGGAGGACCACCAGCCCGUUCAUGGUGACGACAGUCAGGGUGACAUUGCUGGUGUUGAAUCUCCCUCUCCCUCCAAGGCCCACGUCCCUCCCCCUGGUGCUGCCCAGCAGCAGCCGACAUGCCCACGAGCCGUCCAGACAUCCCCUGGCGUACCACAAGAGCCGAUCGCACCAUGCCCACCCGCACCGGCAGUGGCGCAGCAGCACACACACCAACACACGGACAUCAAGAAGACCCACCGCCCAACACCAACAGUGACACAGCCGGACCACCAGCAUGACGCGACCAAGGCGCUCUGCUGGCGGGGGGUGUCUGCUGAUGGGGGAGGGUGCCGGUGUUUGAGUUGGGUGCGAUUGUGGAGAGGGACCUGCUGGAGCCGAUAUAUGCCCAAGCCGCUCUUGCUGACGCUGCAGCCGUGCAGACCCUGGUUGACAGAUGGCAGCUGGGGAGAUACCUCGAACAUAUCCAACAGGUAAGUACAGUCAGUGCAUGUGGUCAGCACACACACACACACAGGCACACAUCACUUUCUGUGCUGUCAUCCGUUGAUUGAUCCAUUCAUCAGCACUUGCUGUUUGGUGCUGCCUCUGAGAUGUCCGCCUUCGCCACAGCCCUCUUCGCCACCUGCCGCCACUCUGCCACCAGCAGCACCACCAUCAGUCAGACCCUGCUCGAGUCACGCGUCAACCAGAUGUUCGCCGCACACCCCAAGACGCCACCACAGCAGCACAGUGAGACGGAGACGGUGCCGGUGGUGUACUUCGACGUGGUGAAAGUGCCGCCUGCUGCGCCGUGUGUGCCGCCGUGGACGGUGCUCGAGUGCAUUGGGGUGCGGCUGAUGGCGCCGCUCUUUUGACAAGGUGAGGAUUGCCCUAGUGUGGUGAGUUCGCAACGGUGCGGCUUAAACGGCGGCUGAGGGAUCAGGCAGAAAAGGAAUUCAGGGCACGGUGGGGUGUGGGGGCGUGAAAGCAAAGAAAGAGAAGUGGACAUCGGAGGCUGACCUCAUUGGUGUAUAAUUUGUCUGUCUGUCUAUGGGCAAUGUCUGUCUAUGGGCAGCAGACUUGUGAUGGAUGGAUGGAUGGAUGGAUGGAGAAUGUUCUGGGGUAAGGGUUUGCUGCGGUGUUGUCUGUGCAGGAGUCCGCCAUCAGGGGGCGCGCAUCGCACCAUCUUUUGGUGCAGGCGUGAACUCUGAUGGGGGAUGGGCCGUGCGGCUGGCUGAUGAACUGGCCUCUCACGGGCGCGUGUGUGGCCAACAGACAGCCUUUAAGCUGUGGUCGCCGCGUGAACGUGGGAUGUGCCAGCCAGCCAGUUGAGACGCACUGACAGCCAUUGCUCGGGGGCUGCGUGAAUGUGAAAUGUGCGGCGAGUGGCUGGUGGAUGGGUGUGUGAGCGGGCGGGUGGAGAGGCAUCGUCGGGUGCUAUGUUGGCAUCGGUGGUUCGUGUGGUGUGGUGGAUGUGCGAGUGGGCGUUGGGUGGCCAUGUGUGGUCGAACGUGUGGGUGUGUACGGUGAGUCUCAUGCGUGUGUCCGUCUGAACGGACGAACGGCAGCACUCAAACCAUUACAAACACAUCAACUACGAGUUGUC